GUCAAAGAGAGUUUCUUUUUACGGUUCUAUGGUACUUCAACUUUUAGAAUGGAUGAAAUAUAAAACGAAAUUUAAUAUAUAAAAGAACGCAGCAUGCAAAUCAAUUACUUGGCUAGAACUGGGGCCAAUAGUGCUGCCUUCUCGACCCUGUUAGUUUUACUAGGCACAGCGGCGUAUCAGGUUCGUGGAGUGCAGCAACCUUGAUAAAAAUGAAACUGAAGGUCACAACUACAAUAGCGUCACUGCUGCAACUGGCGUUCUUAUCUGCAAUUAACUCGAUGGAAUUCAAUCCUCUUAAUGGAUACUCCAAUAAAAUGAGAGAGUCAUCAAUGGAAAACUGCCCGGACUAUAAAGUUAUCAGCAAGUGGUUGGAUCUGCAAGAUGCUGCUGCCAGUAGUUUAAAAAUACAUUACAACCACAUAGAGGAGGCACUGGAAAGCCUGACUGGUACUUCAACAAAUUGCUGUUUCUACGACAAAGAUCUCAUGCAAUCAGUUAUGGAUAAUGUCAAGAAAAUUGACCAGCAGAAUGGUGAUAAUGAAAGUAAAACAUUAAUUCCCAGCGGUAAACUGAGAAAAGAUUUAAACAAAAUUAUUCCCAGGAUUAAAAAGUUCGUCACCAAGGGUUUUGAAGAUUGCUGUUCAGAAAUGGAAGAAUCUCUAAAGAAAAACAAAAAAGAUUUCUGGAAACAGUUGAAAAAUGUCAAAGAGAAAUUAAAAUCAGAAUCAAGCGAUGAGCUUUACCAAGACAGAAAAGAGUUGGAGGAAAAACACAAAAAAUUGAGGGAAAAAAUAAUCGAUACUAAAGAUCGUUUGGAUACGUUGGAUAAUAAAAAAAUGAGAUCUGGUCACCAAAACCACUGCUGUGCAGAAUUAUAUACAAAAACUAAAGACUGGGAAAAUCAAAUAAAUGCUGCAAGAAAUGAAACCAUAGAAAAAUCCAACCAAUUUGAGAGUCAGCUUAAGGAUAUGGAAAUUAUGCUAUAUGCUCUGAAGAAUAGAGUCAAGAGUGCCAAGAACACUCUAGAGACUCAAGGAGAAGCUGUGGAAAAUGAGCUGGAAAGUUGCGAGCAAGUAUUUGAAAAAUUAACCAAGACACCAAAUAAUAAUCAUAUUUGCUGUGAGAAUUGUUUGGAUAAAUUAUUAGAUAGACUUAAGGAACUUGAAGAAAGCGUCAAGUCUCUUCUUAAUAAGCUGGAUUCCGUAAAAAGUAAUAACUGCCAGGAAAAUAACAAUAGAAUGGCCAAGAUCAAGGAUCUCACUGACCAAUUGGAUAACUUAAAAUCUGACAAUGCCUCUGUAAUAAAAAUGAAAUCAGCUUUACCUAAUGCAAAUCCAAAUGCUCGAAUUCACAAACUCGAACAAGAAGUACAAAAUUUGCAGCAAGCUGCCAACGACUCCCAGAUUUGUUGUGAUAAAAUUCCCAAAAUCAAUACCUUUGUCGAGCAUUUACAAAGUAAAAUUAAACAGAUGCAGCAAAGCAACCCGGAAAUUUUAAAACAAAACAAAUUGGAACUUGAAGAUCUUAAAAAACAGUUUAACGAAACUUUGGCUGACAUGAAAAAUAAGCAAAAGGAAUUAGAAAAGCUAAAAGAUCUCCAAGCAAUGCUGGAAAAGGUCAAGAGUGAAUUAAAGGUUCAAGAGGACGAGCUUAAUGAAUUGAUAAAUAAAAAGAACAAGAAUAAUGUAACUGAUGAUGGGGAGAAUACGGUCCAGGAACUCGACCAGUUUUGGGUUAAAGUGGAUACACAAUUAUCUGACCUGGAAGGCCAAAGCUUGAAUGAAACAAACCAAUAUAGUUUGCUAGAUGAUCUUCAGAAAAGCCUCGAUAAAGCCAAGUUAAGGUUAGAAGACAUUCGGCAACAUGAAAAGCAGGAUAAUGUUGAGGAGGACAAGCUAAAAGAACUGGAGAAUCAAUUAGCUUUAUGCCUAGACGCUUGCAAGGUAGUGUCCAGGAUGCAUGAACUCUUUAAAAAUGUUAAUAAUAUAAUCCAAGUUAUUAAAUACACAAGCAAGUUGAGGGUUGCAACAACUGAUAAAGUCAGUAACAUAUUAAAGAUUCCAAGCAAACCAACGCCUGCUGCAAAGAAGAUCAUACCAAAGAAACCUGCGCCUAAAACGAAGAAAGGUUAAUAACAUUAACUUUAGGUUUUUUAUUAUU